UGAUAUUGGAAAAGUGACCGUACAUGAAAAGCGCAUUUAUUAGUUCAUAAAUCGCUUAUAUUCAAACUAACCUUCUUCCCAAAACCCUAAUUAAGCAACUGUAAAGCCCCUCAUCAACUGAAACCCUUGCUGGAUGCUAAUUCUGUUGAAUCUUCCAAAAUGCUGCCAAAAUUCAGGACGCUCUCCGUUUUUCAGAAUCGGAACCCUUCGAUUUCGGCAAAUUGGUUUCUUCUCCAGUUCAAAGCAUCGAUUUCGAGCCUAAAAGUUGUCUGGCGAAAGGAUCCGAAGCUCGAUCAAGCAAUCGAGAACGACAAGCAAUGGCGGCUCUGCGCACGCGUUGUUCGGGAGGUGUUGAACGAGCCUGGUCAGGUUAUCCGUCUUCUUCACUUAGAAAGGCGCCGCGGGCGGCUUCGCUUGCCGCUAAGAAUAGAGACUUUUCUCCAUCGGAAUCCAGGUUUAUUUGACAAGUAUAAGGAUAGGUUUAAACCGAAUUCUGAUUUAGUUCCUUUCCUCCGCCCUAGCGAGAGGCUGCGCAAGUUUUUGGAAGAUGAAGAAUCGAUUUAUGAGAAAAACGAGGCCUUGCUUGUCGCAAAAUUGUGUAAAUUGCUGAUGAUGGCCAAGAAUAGGGUUGUUAGCGCUGAUAAAUUGUUAGAGGUCAAGAGGGAAUUCGGUUUCCCCAAUAAUUUCCUGGUAAAAUUAAUUUCUAAGUAUCCAGAGUAUUUUAGGUUGCAUGGAGCACCAGGGGAGGGGAAGUCAUUCCUUGAAUUGGUUUAUUGGAACGCAGAAUUUUCGAAGUCGGUGAUCGAGAGGAGGGCUGAGGAGGAAUCAACAUCAUUAGGGAUUAAGAUUAGGCCAGCAUUCGAGUGGAAGCUUCCUCGAGGAUUCUUUAUCAAGAAAGAAAUGAGGGAGUGGAUUAGGGAUUGGAUGGAGAUGCCCUACAUUUCACCUUACUACGAUGCAUCCCAUUUGGAUCCAGCCUCGCCGGAGAUGGAAAAGAGAAUGGUUGGGGUUUUACAUGAGCUGCUUUCUCUAUCUGUUCAUAAGAGGCUACCCGUCCCGACAGUGGGAAAAUUUUGCGAAGAGUAUAGGUUUUCAAAUGCUUUUCAGAGUGUAUUCACCAGACAUUCUGGAUUGUUCUAUAUGUCGUUGAAAGGUGGAAUUACGACCGCAAUGCUGAGAGAAGCAUACAAGGGUGAGGAGUUGGUUGAUCGCGAUCCACUUCUCGAGAUUAAAGAUAAGUUUAUUGAGUUGCUGCAAGAGGGACAGCGACAGAGGUCUGAGCAAUUGAGAUUGGAUCGAGGAGCAAUUCAGAAGGACCUGGAACUGAUGGCUGCUCGGAACAAAGAACUGGACUUUAAUCAGGAGUCUUGAAAUUGUAAAAAUUGUGCAUUGCUGAAAAUGGAGGUCGGAUUCAGAUAUGGGAAGACAUAAGCUCAUUGAAAAUGGGAGAGAAUCGUCUUCUGGCUAACGCCGGUUUGGUGCAACGAUAAAAAAAAAUUCAAGAAAUGGAUCGAGCUAUCGUUAUUCAUCUGCCACUGAUUGUGAUGAUUUUGGCGCUUUUCUCAUCCGUGGCAACCCAUUGGGUUCCCCGUUCGCCCCCACCCCCGAUCACCCCCCCG